ACGUAGUACAACUUCGCACUAAAGCGAAUGUACAAAUUGCUUAGUUUGGAAGCACAUUACAGAGCAGGCACCAAAAGUCUCCUGUGUUAUUCCGAUCAAAUAUUAAUUGGGUUAUUUUUCCUGACCAGCUUAACCAGCAAUGGUGACCAGUUAGACCACUGUGAACAGCUUGACCAGCAAUGGAUAUCCUGGACUCUGUUUCAAUAACGAAUCGUGUAACCGGUUACAUAAUGGCGCUGCAGCGCGCUCCUGCGCACUGGCGAGUCCUCCGUGGUCCAGCGCCACUCGGAUGAAGCGAGCAGCAGGAGUGUGUCCAUCCGUCCGACCACUGCCAUGUCUCCCGUGAGCCCAGACGACAACAAGCCCGUUGACAACGGCAAGGUCAAGGACUCCAUCAACACGCUGAAGGGGCUGGAGACAAUCACUCCCUUGGUGCGCUCUGUGCAGGAGACCCCUGAACCAAUCUCCGCCAAAGUCCAAGGCAUCAUUCCCUCCUGGAUCAGUGGCAACUUCCUUCGCAAUGGCCCGGGGAAGUUUGAGUUUGGAAACACACACUAUAACCACUGGUUCGACGGGAUGGCCAUGAUGCACCAGUUCAAGAUUGACAAAGGCCAGGUGACGUACAUGAGUCGCUUCCUGAGCAGCGACGCCUACAAAAAGAACAGUGAGCGGGACCGGAUUGUGAUGUCAGAAUUUGGUACCCUGGCCCUGCCCGACCCCUGUAAGAACUUCUUUCAACGCUUCCUCUCUCGCUUUGAGAGGAUGGAGCCCACGGAUAAUGCAAGCGUGAGCUUUGUGAGGUACAAAGGAGACUACUAUGUCAGCACGGAGACAAACUUCAUGCACAGAGUGAACCCAGAGAAUCUAGAAACACUAGAAAAGGUGGACUGGAGCAAGUUUAUUGCUGUGAAUGGAGCCACUGCCCACCCACACUAUGACCCCGAUGGUACCACCUACAAUAUGGGCAAUUCCUACGGAAGCAAAGGAGCCCUGUACAACAUCAUCAAAGUGCCGCCAGAGAAGACGGACGCCGAAAACACGCUGCAAGGAGCCAAAAUACUCUGUUCUAUUGCACCUGCAAAAAAGUCCCACCCUUCCUACUACCACAGCUUUGCCAUGUCCGAGAACUUUGUGGUGUUCAUCGAGCAGCCAAUUAAGAUGGACCUGCUGAAGAUCGUCACGUGCAAGAUGAGGGGGAAGGCUUUGAGUCAGGGCAUCUACUGGGAUCCCAGUCAGGAAACAGUCUUCCACCUUGUCGACAAGCAUACAGGCAAUGUCAGCUCGGUGAAGUACCACACCAAAGCCAUCUCCACCUUCCACCAGAUCAACGCCUUUGAGGAGGACGGAUUCUUGAUGGUUGACAUGUGCUGCUCGGACGACGGCCAAGCCCUCGACAACUACCUCAUUCAGAACCUACGCAAGUCGGGAGACGCCCUAGAUGAGGUGUACAACACCAUCUGCAGGGUUUUCCCCCGGCGGUUUGUUUUGCCCCUUAAUGUGACCAGUGAAACACCAACAGACCAGAACCUGAACACUCGGCCCUCCAGUGACGCAACGUGUGUGAAAAUCAGUACGGAGAGGGUGUUCUGUCAGCACGAGGAUCUCCAUGGAGACGACCUCCACGAGUACGGUGGCCUGGAGUUCCCUCAGAUCAACUACGGCAGAUGUAACACGCGGCCGUACCGUUACUUCUACGGCUGUGGCUUCAGACACCUGGUGGGAGACUCUUUGCUCAAGAUGGACCUGAACGACAAGACGUUCAAGGUCUGGUACCAGAAGGGUUUCUACCCAUCAGAGCCAGUGUUCGUGCCGUCACCUGAUGCCGUGGAGGAGGACGACGGUGUCAUCCUCUCCGUGGUCCUCAUCCCCUCACAGGACAAAGGAACAUUCCUCCUGGCUUUGGAUGCCAAGACGUUCGAAGAGCUGGGUAGAGCCGACGUGCCCGUGAACAUGCCUUAUGGCUUCCAUGGUACCUUUGAUGCAUCUGCAGGAAUAUAAUUCUGCUACAGUCAAAGUCAUUCAGAUAUAUAACGUAAUACAAAGAAUGCUAAAUGCAGUGAAAAUCAUACAGUAGUUAUUAUACGUAGUUAUUACAGUUGCGAUAGACUAUUAUACCACACAAGUGUCCAAUGAACAUUUCAUUUUGUAUUCUCGGAAAAAACUUUUUUAAUCAUUAAAUGACUUUUAUAAACA